ACAAGCUCCUCGAGUGUCUUCCUCGUUCUGUGCUUGCAAGUCUGCAGCGUAGAAUGACCCCUCUGUUGCAGUUCAAUGUCAUAGGGGCCCUUCCCACAGAACUAUCUCUUUUCAUGUUCAUGUAUCUUCCAGCGGCUUCCUUGCUCACGUGCUCUCUUGUUUCUAAACAUUGGCACACCCUCACAACAGACCAAGUACUUUGGCGUUGUCUUUGCUAUGCACAUGGCUGGGAAUGGCGCAUGGACGUUGCUGUGCCCACUCCUUGGGAUGGACUUGGUGAUGCAGAUCCUACGGAUACGGAUGCAGUGAUUCGCGAAGCAAGAGAUGAAGGUGAAGGUAUGGAUGACGAAGAGGAGGAGGACGACUCAGUAGACUGGGUGUUCAUGCCGAUGAACAUCGACGAUAUUGAAGCACAGGGUCUACCACAUCUCCUCAUACCUAUCACUUCAGCUGCUGAGCGGACGUCUCGUUUCUCUUCUCUUUGGUAG